AAUAAGGAAAGAAUUUGUGUAUUAAGUGAGCUUAUUGAGACUAUUCGACAAAGGGCUUAUUCAAAAUACUUUACCGUCUUGGAAUAUUGCGCAUCAUCAUGAAGAUUUAGCAAUUUUCUGUCAGACAUUACAAUUAGAAAUACAAUAAUUGGACAAGGGUGAAUUGUGUGGGGAGAUUGAAAACGAAUUUUAUUUCAGCUGCAUGUAUACAGAAAUGUUCCAUGUUGAAACAUACCUCUUGACCAGUAAGCUGGGAAUGUAAUCUUUUUUGAACAGCUAAAGGACCUAAGAGUUUGUUGAAGAGCUUUUAGAGAAAAGUUUCAGGUUUGUGAGCUCUUAAGACUUAUCGAAUGGAUGUUUUAGGGGAAAAUGAAGCGCUGCAACAGUUUUUUAAAGUGACAUUUAAAGGAAAAUUUGUUUCCCUCACUCCAAUUCUGUUUGCCUAUGGAAUGCCUCAGACACGGCUCUCAUUUGCUAUAAACCGGGUCAGGAUGUAACUGGAGCAUUAGAGAAUCCCUUAGUUGAUACCAGUAUGCUGGAAGCAUAUAUCAGUAAUGACUUGGAUUCAGGAGCCGUAACUUUACCAGACUCUCCACCGGAUUCUGUACCUGAGCACUGUUCACCUCCACAGAUGCGAAACAUUCAGUAUGGCGGUCCACACGGAGCUGGAUUUAAUUCCCAAACAAAUCAGUCUUCAGAGAGCCAUCCAAACACUCCAUGUAGGUUUACUGAGCUGGUGCUGCCUACUCAUUCUAACUUGCCGCAACAACAUAGACAAACUGGACUUUGUGAAUAUUUUAUAAAACCUGAUGCAGAUAUCCCUGCAAACAAAACUUCAGAACCACCCAGCUAUGUGGAUUUCCCGAUUCUUCCUGCUCCAGGGAGUGCCAAUUGCCACUCUGAAUUUUUAAUUCAGCAUUCAAAAAAGAGGAAGCGUUCAGAAUUAUGUGAGAAUACCAUUGAGAUGUGGAAUGAUAUUCAAAGUCAAGAAGGCAACAAUUCUAAAGAACAUAGCACCGAUAUCUACGGUUAUGAUGAUGACAGUCAAAAUGGAAGUUGCAUGGACUGGAGCUAUCCAUGUUUGAAAUGGCACCAUUUUCAACCUAAUCAUUGGGCAACUUUGUAUGACAGUGGUUACAAUGAAUUACCUGCUCCAGGCUAUAGAGUAGAUGCGGACAAAGGAUUCAAUUUUUCUACAGUAGAUGAUUCAUUUGUUUGCCAAAAGAAGAACCAUUUUCAGGUCACAGUUCGUGUCAGUUUGAUUGGAUGUCCAAAAUAUGUUAAAACACCUCUGGGCCUUAAACCUGUUGAAAAAUUCUUCUUGAAGGUUUUUGGAGCAAAGGCUGAGACCACAAAUCAGAUCAUCAUCACCAUUGAACAGUCUCAAUCAGACCGGAGCAAGAAACCUUUUGAUCCAGUCAGGAUUGAUUUGCCAGGAAACCAAACCACAAAAGUAACUUUAGGAAGAUUGCACUUUGGUGAAACAACAGCAAACAACAUGAGGAAGAAGGGUAAACCUAAUCCUGAUCAAAGAUACUUUAUGCUAGUAGUUGGUCUGUAUGCAGGCAGUCAAAACCAGAAUUAUUUAUUGGCUGCUCACGCAUCUGAAAAAAUAAUUGUGCGGGCUUCAAAUCCUAGUCAAUUUGAAAAUGAACGUGUGGGGUCAUGGCAACAAGGGAAUGCUCCAAACACAAUUAUCUGCCAUGGUCAAGUGGGAAUCAAUACAGAUACUCCAGAUGAGGCAUUGGUUGUGUGUGGUAAUGUAAAGGUAAUGGGAUCAGUCAUGCAUCCAUCUGAUAUGCGAGCUAAACAGAACAUUCAUGAGGUUGAUACAACAGAACAACUAAAACGGAUAACACAAAUGAGGCUGGUGGAGUACGAUUACAAGCCUGACUUUGCAUCAAAAAUGGGAGUAGACCAUCCUCAUGAGACUGGUAUAAUAGCGCAGGAAGUGAAGGAAAUCCUACCAACUGCUGUAAGGGAUGUCGGGGAUAUCACCUAUACCAAUGGUGACAAAAUAGAGAAUUUCCUCAUGGUUGACAAAGAACAGAUUUUCAUGGAGAAUGUGGGAGCAGUGAAAGAAUUAUGUAAGCUAACUGACAACUUUGAAAAAAGAAUUCAAGAAUUAGAAGUCUGGAACAAAAAUCUUGCCAAGCUGAAGUGGAUUGGGAGUGUGAAAUCUAGGACAAAUGAUAAACACGGCAGCAUAUUUCAUCGGACAAGCACAAUGACACCAAAGAAGCCUGUUAUGGCCAAACACAGGGCCUACUUUAACCAACAUUGCUCGCUGCAGAAGGUUUUCCAUAUUGUCAUCAUGUCUCUAUUGGGUCUCAUGGCGUUUUGUGUGAUUUUGAUAUCUGCACUUUACGUACUAACAUUGAAUGAAGAGCAAGGUGUUGUUAACAAGCUGAAUGAAAGCUUUAUUUCCAAGCCGUUUACAACUAACAAGUAUGCUACCUUUAUAACAUAUACAACAUUGUCAGCAGAAAAUGCAAGCUCAGUUUAUACAACAGCAAUCACUGAAAUUCCCCAACGUGAAAUAAGCUUCUGUAAUAUCCUACCUUGUGUCACUGUGUACUGUUGUGCACUUCAAUUACAAAGGAAAGACAUCUCUAAUGAUUGGAGAAAGAGGAGAAUUGCCAAAGGUCUUGUGCAAAACUAUUUUCAACCAAAACUGGCAACAAGCCAAAUAAAUACGAAGGGGAUUCAAAAUAGUGACUGGUUUGAUACAUCCAUUAGAUCAAUAAGAGUUAUGGAAAGUCAGCAACAAAUUGACCAACGUUACUGUGCUAAAGGAAUUCAUUGUGGGAAUGGCAACUUUAGUUACAUAAUUCCAAUCAACAAGUAUACACCUAUUGAUAUGAGAAUUACUUUGGAAAUGAACACCACAGCACCAGUGAUUGUUUACAAAUGUAAAGUGAACCUUGGUGACACAUGUGUAACACCUGAACCCAAACUGACUAAAAGGGGUGCAUCACAAGAAAUGUCUCAGGGGUACCAACAUUUCUGGUUCUUGCCAGUGGCACAUCUCCACGAGUGUACGUACCAUUUCCGUGUUGCAGCACCAGGUCUGGCAGAUUGCAGAACAAAUCAGAACUUUGCUGGAAUAUUCUUCACGGAUUACUACUUGUACUUUUAUCGACAAUGCAGCUAAUUCAGAAGAACAAAUCCUACAUAUGUAUAGAUCUAUAUUGAAGUACAUUCUUUUCAUAUAGGAUUUCAUAUAGCUUCUUUAGUUAUUUAACACACAUUAAAUCGAACAGGCUAUCUCUCAGAUGUAAAAUACACAUUAUGUGCCAAUUAUGAUUCUUGUCACCUCGAGGAAUCUGAAACCUGUGUUUCAUUGAGUGGCAUUAAACUGCAAUGGAAAAACAACACAUUUUUACAUAGAUUCACCACUUGUAUUUUACAGGAAUUGCUA